AUGCCGCCUCUCAAGAAACGCAAGUUAAGCCAUGGCGAAGACCCGGUCAAUACUGGAUCCGCGGAGUCGAACUCCUCCUCCCAAAGCCCCGACGCUCACAGCGGCGGCGAAGAUGACAUCGUCAUAGAAAAGCCCAAGGCCCCGACAACAUUCAAAGAGCUGGGAAUAAUUGACUCUUUGUGCGAAGCAUGCGAGUCGCUCGGCUAUAAGACACCCACGCCCAUUCAAGCCGAGUCCAUACCAUUGGCAUUACAGGGUCGAGAUCUCAUAGGGUUGGCGGAGACCGGCAGUGGAAAGACGGCGGCCUUCGUACUGCCCAUACUACAAGCCCUGAUGGAUAAACCGCAACAAUUACACUCUUUGAUCUUGGCACCGACCAGAGAAUUGGCAUUCCAGAUCUCUCAGGCGGUGGAGGCUCUAGGUGCGCUGAUAGCAGUACGAUGCGCAGUGUUAGUCGGCGGAAUGGACAUGAUCCCACAGGCAAUUGCCCUGGGAAAGAAGCCGCAUGUUAUUGUCGCCACGCCUGGGCGAUUGCUGGACCAUCUGGAAAACACAAAGGGGUUCUCUCUCCGACAGUUGAAGUACCUUGUCAUGGACGAAGCCGAUCGAUUGCUGGAUCUUGAUUUCGGGCCGAUUCUGGACAAAAUCCUGAAGAUUCUGCCACGAGAGGGUAGAAAGACAUAUCUGUUUUCGGCCACUAUGUCAAGCAAGGUCGAGUCCCUUCAACGGGCGUCUCUGUCAAAUCCUCUCCGAGUCGCGGUGUCCCAGGACAAAUAUCAGACUGUCUCCACCUUGAUACAGUCAUACCUAUUCAUCCCUCACAAACAUAAGGACCUGUAUCUCAUUCACGUGCUCAAUGAGCAUGCGGGGCACACCGGGAUCAUAUUCACACGGACUGUCAACGAAGCGCAGCGCCUCUCUAUUCUCCUUAGGACUCUGGGCUUCUCAGCGGUACCGAUUCAUGGUCAGCUCUCUCAACAGGCUCGACUGGCCGCCCUGAACAAGUUUCGAGCAAAAGCUCGGGAUCUGUUGGUGGCUUCCGAUGUGGCGGCUCGUGGCCUGGAUAUUCCCUCGGUCGAUCUUGUCAUCAACUUCGAUCUUCCGCAGGACAGCAAGACUUAUAUUCACCGAGUCGGGCGUACGGCAAGAGCAGGCAAGAGCGGCAAGGCGAUUUCCCUGGUCACUCAAUAUGAUGUUGAGCUUUGGUUGAGGAUAGAAGGCGCGUUAGGAAAGAAACUGCCGGAAUACCAGACCGUGAAAGAAGAAGUCAUGGUCCUGGCCGAACGGGUUGGAGACGCGCAGAGGGCUGCUGCCAUGGAAAUGAAAGAAUUGCAUGAGAACAGGGGCCAGAGGGGCGCCACGUUGCGGCAUACACGGACGGGUAGAGGUGGUGCUGGUAAACGGGGUCGGGAUCAUAUGGAUCAAGAUGAGGGCUAG